AUGGAUCGAGGGAAGGAUGUCCAGGGGUAUAGAUGGGUACCCUGGCGGGUGUGGUUGUGUCAUUUGGGGGCCCUGCUGUCAUUUGGUCUUCUCCUGAUUCUCUUCCACUGGUGGCCGCGGCUCGCUGUUGUCUCCCGCUGCUGCCUCUGCCCUCUAGCUUUGGCAGAUGUUGUGCUGAUAAGAGACUGUCUUGGCCGGGAGCAUGUGGUGGAAGUGCUCACUGAAGAGCUGGAGGAGGGCAGUUUGGAUUUGUUGGGGCAGCAGGAGGAGGAUGAGUGGAGAAAAACAGUUCAUCUGCUCAAAGAAGAGAGAGCGCUGCUGCGCUACUUCCUGUUUGAAGGUCUGCGUUACGUCUGGCUGGACAGGAGAGACGUUUUCUGUCGCAUUAGUGUUCUCAAUGAGGAAUUGACUUGCAGAGAUUUGUUUGGUUUUCAAAGGGGGCUGAGUCGUCAGGAGCAGAGCUCGAGGAGAUGCCUGUUUGGGGACAACAUUAUUGAUGUACCUGUGAAGUCUUACUUGAGGCUCCUGCUUGAGGAAGUCCUUAAUCCAUUCUAUAUAUUUCAAGUGGGCAGUCUGGUGCUGUGGAUGUGUGAUGAAUAUUACUAUUAUGCCAUGUGUAUAUUAAUCAUCUCAUUCAUUUCCAUCAGUAUUUCACUCUAUGAAACUCGAAAGCAAAGUGUAACUAUUCGCAACAUGGCCCGGUUGGUAACAGACGUCAAAAUACGAAGAGACUCGGGGGAGGAAGAAUGUGUGAGCUCCUUGGAGCUUGUUCCUGGUGACUGUUUGAUCAUCCCUCAGGAAGGUCUGCUGCUGCCCUGUGAUGCUGCCCUGCUGGUGGGGGAGUGUCUUGUCAAUGAGAGCAUGCUCACAGGUGAAAGUAUUCCAGUACUGAAAACCCCACUGCCAGCUGGUGAUACUACUUACAGCUCAAAGACUGAGCGCAGACACACCCUUUUCUGUGGCACCCAAAUCAUUCAGGCUAAAGGAGGAAACGCUGUUGCCGUUGUCACAAGUACUGCUCUUUCUGGUACCAUUUACAUUUUCGUGACACUCUUCAAAACAGAUGUGACCUGGGGAGAGUUGAUUAUUAGAGCCCUGGAUGUUGUGACCAUUGUAGUUCCUCCUGCCCUGCCUGCUGCCAUCACCACAGGAACUAUUUAUGCCCAGAACAGGUUAAAGGAGCGUGGUAUUUUUUGCAUCAGUCCACCACGAAUAAACAUAUGUGGCAAGGUCUCAGUCUUCUGCUUUGAGAAGACAGGAACUCUGACUGAGGAGGGUCUGAAUGUGUGGGGGGUGAUGAAGACUGGACCUGGUGGUUUUUCUCAACUGGUACCUGAUCCCAUGCUACUGCCUCAGGGUCACAUGAGUGUCGCGCUAGCCAGCUGUCACACUGUUACACUAUUGCAAGGUCAGCCCCUUGGAGAUCCCUUGGAGCUAAAGAUGGUGGAGUCUACUGGCUGGAUUCUUCAGGAGCCAGAGGGAGAUGAGGAUAUUGUACACUCAGAGUUUGGAGGUCACAGAGUUUUGGUUGUUAUGAGACCACCGACUGACCAACCUCAGUAUCAAAGAAGUUCCACCAAUGAGGCAGUCGCCAUCAUUAAGAGGUUUCCCUUCUCCUCAGCCUUGAAGAGGAUGAGCGUGCUGACGGUGGACCUUGGGGGGUGCUCUGCUAUGGCUUUCCUCAAAGGCUCUCCAGAGAUGGUGGCUAGCCUUUGUCGACCUGAUACAGUUCCAGAAGAGUUCUCCAGUACUUUGCGCACCUUUUCCAGGGAAGGCCUCAGGGUUCUGGCACUUGCCUGUAAACCAGUAGACAUCAAUUCAGAUGUGAAAAAUACUGAACGGGCUGAAGUAGAGAAGGAAAUGCAAUUCCUGGGCUUACUGAUGAUGAAAAAUCUGGUAAAACCUGAGAGCGCAGCUGUCAUUAACAUCCUGAAUUUGGCAGACAUUCGUAGUGUUAUGGUCACUGGGGACAACCUUUUAACAGCAGUGAAUGUAGCAAAAAGUUGUGGGAUGGUGGGAUCUGAUGAGAAGGUGAUUAAUGUCGAUGCAACCCCCCACACCGCUGAAACCCUCCCCACACUGAGGUUUAGUCUAGAAGACGAGGGGACCUCUCCUGCCCAAAGCACCAGAGACAUCAUUAAUCAGGGUCCAUACCAAGCUGGUUUUAGUUACCAUCUAGCUGUUACUGGCAAAUCAUUUGCUGCCCUCUGUGAUCACUUCCCAGAACAUUUUCCAAAGGUAUUGAUGAAAGCCACAAUAUUUGCAAGGAUGUCUCCUGACCAAAAAUCCCAACUUGUGAAGGAGCUGCAGAAAUUGAAGUUUGUCUUUAUUUCGUUUGUUUCUUUGACAAGUAACCAAAGGGUAACAGCUAGGCAUGCUACUAGACGUUUGUCAGUUUCAAGUUAUUUUGCUUCAGUCGCAUCAACUUUCACUUCCAAGACUGAAAACAUUAGCUGUGUUCCCAUGCUGAUCAGAGAGGGGAGAUGCUCUCUGGUUACAUCGUUCAGUCUGUUUAGGUACAUGGCUUUAUACAGCUUAAUUCAGUUCUGCUCCGUCCUCAUCCUGAACACAGUAAAGACAACUUUAGGCGACUUUCAGUUCCUGUACUUUGACUUGUUCCUCGUGACUCUGCUGGCCAUGGUGAUGGGGAGAGGAGGUCCCAGUGAGGAGCUGUACCCAUGCAGACCUCCAGCCAGUCUGCUGUCCCUGCCCGUGUUCGGCAGCCUCUUCAUUCACACCUGCAUGAUCGUUCUGGGCCAGCUGGGUGCAUUCUUCAUCACCACCUCACAGGGAUGGUAUAUUCCACUUAAUUCAACGGUGUUUGGAGCAGAUAACCUACCCAACAUGGAGAACAACAGUGUGUUUGAUUUAUCUGGUUUUCAGUACAUUAUCCUGGCAGCUGUGGUCACCAAAAGCUACCCUCACAAAAAACCUCUCUACCAUAACUCGAUCUUCCUCUGCCUGCUGCUGAUCCAGUUUGCUGUGAUGGUGUGGCUUGUGUUAUAUCCAGGUUCUUCCUUUAGUUGGUUACUGCAACUAUAUGACUUCCCUGAUAUGACGUUUAGGAUCCUGCUUGUGGCUGUUUCUGUUGUCAACUUUCUGAUUUGCUUUUUCCUCCGGCUUCUGAUAGAUUUGGGCAUGCUGAGCUGUCUACGAUUGCUGCGAGGAAGACGUCGGUCCAAGAAGCAGUACAAACUUCUGAAGUCCGUUCUGUCUCAGUGUACAACAUGGCCGCCACUUGAUCAAACGCUGAAUCCGUCAGACGACUCGCUCAUCUCCUUCAGCUAGUAUCCGUCUAGUUUUCCAUUAGACUCACCGGGUCUCUGGACUUUACUAUAUUACAUAUCUAAACAACAUUCAUUUACCAACAUGACAAAGUUUCUUUCCAAUGAUAAAUAUUUUUACAUUGUUUAAAUGUUUGGAAAAUUUUGUAAACCAUCAAUUCCUCUUUCAUUGUUUUACAAUUCACAAUGCAAUCACACUUCAAUGUAAUUUUUGGAUUUUUAUACGAUUGAUUAAUGCAAAGUAGACGUUCUUGCAAUUGAGAAAAUGGGGUAAUUUAGUCAAGUUUUUACAUUUUUUUUGUUUGCGGUUUCCACAAUUUUUUCUGUAAAUCUCGCACGGCCACCGAUGCACAUUUCUUGUGGGUUCUUUGCCAAGUAUGCCAUUUUAUUGCUGCACAGUGGUUUGUGUCCGAGAUGUUAUUCUUGGCCGUACUGUGUAACUUUCUGAUUUUUUUUUUGUGCUUCCAUUUGCCUUUUUGCUUUGUCACUGAUGCACCUGAAUUUCCCCACUGUGGGACAAUAAAGGAUAUUUCAACUCUUUUCUAUGA